AUACAGAGUGAGAUGAAACAGAUGAUUUACUGCUGUAGUCACUUUUAUCAGUGACACAAAGUUCACAUGUCCUUGGCUUUCUUCCAGAACUGAUUUUACUUUCACCUUUUGCACCAUAAAAAGGUUUCUGUUUUCCCAGCCCUCAGCUGUCACAGGCAUGUUUUCUCUGUCAUUACGUCAAAAAGUCCGGCCCCUCUUCCUCUGGGUUUCAGGAUGUUUGGGUCGAGAGGGGCAGGUCACAGUGGAGUCGUGCAGGCGAGGCCUCAGCAGCGCCGGCGGGUGGACGGGACAGGACAGCCUGGCCCAGGACGACCCAGAGAUGUGGAGCCUUCUGCAGCAGGAGAAGGACAGGCAGCGUCGGGGGCUGGAGCUCAUCGCAUCAGAGAACUUCUGCAGCCGCGCAGCGCUUGAGGCCCAGGGCUCCUGUCUGAAUAACAAAUACUCUGAGGGAUACCCAGGACAAAGAUACUAUGGAGGUACAGAGAUUGUAGACCAGAUUGAGCUGCUGUGUCAGAAGCGAGCUCUCACCGCCUUCAGUCUGGACCCAAAUCUGUGGGGCGUCAACGUCCAGCCGUACUCCGGAUCCCCCGCUAACUUUGCAGCCUACACAUCUGUACUGCAGCCUCAUGACCGCAUCAUGGGCCUGGAUCUGCCUGACGGAGGACACCUUACCCACGGCUACAUGACAGACACCAAGAGAAUCUCAGCCACCUCAAUCUACUUUGAAUCGAUGCCUUACAAGCUGGAUCCCAAAACAGGUCUGAUAGAUUAUGACCAGCUGGAGAAGACGGCCCGACUCUUCAGACCCAGACUCAUCAUAGCAGGAACCAGCGCCUACGCUCGCCUCAUGGACUACUCUCGCAUGAAGAAGCUGUGUGUGGAGCUUAAUGCCUACCUGCUGGCAGACAUGGCUCAUAUUAGCGGCCUGGUGGCAGCAGGAGCUGUUCCCUCUCCUUUCCAGCACGCUGACCUGGUCACCUCCACUACUCAUAAGUCCCUGCGUGGAGCAAGAGCCGGUCUGAUCUUCUACCGGAAAGGCGUGCGGUCUGUGGAUAAGAAAGGUCGGGAGGUGACGUAUGACCUCCAGGACAGGGUGAACUUUGUCGUGUUCCCAUCACUUCAGGGAGGACCUCACAACCACGCCAUUGCUGGGGUGGCUGUCGCCCUCAAACAGGCUUCCACUCCCAUGUUCAAACAGUACAUCACUCAAGUGCUGCUUAAUGCCAAGUCCAUGGCUAACGCCCUGCUGAAGAAAGGCUACACCCUGGUGUCAGGUGGAACAGACAACCACCUGGUCUUGGUUGACCUUCGACCUCACGGGAUGGACGGGGCUCGAGCUGAGAGGGUCCUGGAGCUGGUGUCCAUCACUGCCAACAAGAACACCUGCCCCGGAGACAAGAGCGCUCUCACUCCAGGAGGACUCAGGCUCGGAACUCCAGCUCUGACCUCCCGACAAUUCAAGGAGGCAGACUUUGAAAAGACUGUGGAGUUUAUUGAUGAAGGGAUUCACAUCGCACUGGAUGUGAAGAAGAAGACUGGAAAUCUGGCCAGUUUCAAGUCCUUCCUGCUGGAGGACCCAGAGACAGUGUCACGCAUCGCAGAGCUCCGCCAGCGGGUGGAGCUAUUUGCCAGGCCCUUCCCCAUGCCCGGAUUCACUGACCACUAAUAACACCACACACAGAAAGGCAGUUUACCCACUACAUCAUGGACAUGUCCUAUAGAACUCCUCUAAUGAUAUAGUCAUAGAUUUUUAAUAAGGUUGCCAUGGAAACAAGCAUUGUUUAAAAACACAGUCAGGCUCAUGUCAGUUGAAACUUAGUCAGUGUACCAAGCGUUCAUCACAUUUACAUGUCAACUAAUGACAUUAUAUCUGCCAAAUAACGUGAAAAAUGCAAUAUGGUGUAAAUGUAUCAAAGCCUGAUAAAUAAAAAUAUAUAUAAUACUAAUUACCAGACAAUGCUUAACACUCAACUUUGCUCAAAAGAGAAAGUUUUGAGUGUUGAGUAAAAGAAUAAAAUUGUAAAAUAAUUCCACUAUGACACAUUUAGUACUUCUUAAUGUAACAAUAAUAAUAAUAAUAAUGCUUAAUAAUAAUGUAAUAACUUAUUGUAUUGUUAUUCUUACAGGUUAUUGUGUCAUUAUUAUUAUUGUUAUUGUCAUCAUUAUUAUUAUUGUUAUUAUUAAAUGUCAGUAACACUUCACAUUAAGUCCUCUAUUUCGUAUUCACAAGCAGUCGAUAAACAUUAAAUAAAUGGUUUAUAACACACUAUAAUGUAUAGUUGUAAGCUUAUAAAUGCUAAAUAUAUGGGGGACUUAAAGUGUUGCCUUAUGAAAUGAUACCACAAUAAUAAGAUGAUGUACAUUUUCAGAAAUGUAUCAUAUCAGCAGGUUUCAUUGUAUUAGCAACCCAUUUAGUGGAACAAUUUAUUUCACUUUGACAACUUAUAACAGUAGUGUGCAAAAUUCUUAUAGGCCACUUUGGGAAAUUGCGUUUGAACUUACUAGAUAUGUAAAAUGAUCUUGCAGUUAAUACAUCAACAGCUGCUGCACUUUCUCUAAAAUGUUUUCCACUUCUCAGAAAGCACUGUUGUUUGCUGCCAAGAAGCUAAGAAGGACCAUAAGUGUUUUAGGUAUUUUGAUUUUUGUCAUUAAGCUCAACACAUGCUCAGCUUACACCCACAAAACCACACACCAAAAAGGGGAAACAGUUAAACAGCACAAACUAUGUUUUCAGGCUUUUUUGUGUAACAUAUUAAUGUCACCUUCUAUACCUUCACUUUGAUAUGUAUUGUAAAGGAUUUGUGAUGAAUGUACUAUGUAUAUACUGUAGAUCGUCUUCAUUGCAAUAAAAACUGAUUCUGAA